AUGAUUGGAACAGGUUUGCAUGGGCCUAACAACGUACCUAUUCCAGUCGUGGCAAAUGGGACGGAGCUGAUGUUGCCGUUUUAUGUUCGCUAUGUCAAUUGGACUCUUAAGCAUGAAGAGUCUCCUCCACCGCAACAUAGUCCGGUCCGAAAUAGUCCACCUGUUGUUGCCUCGCCUCCUCGAAGAACUAUGUACAAGUCGGAUACAUGUUCGACUGAAUCUGCCACAAAUGCUUCUUCCUCGCAACAUCCUGAAAUAGAAACAACUUAUACGUCAAGCGACACAUCAACGAGGGUCGUAAAGAAGAAGAAGAGUAGCACAAAUGCAUUAGUUUUUUUCAAGUGCUUUAAGACCAUUAUGACAUGA